GUGAAUAAAUAUGGCCAGUUCUCACGUUUCAAGAAUCUGUUUGGCCGUCAAAAACAGCGUUAUAUUGUCAAGAUGGCCAGCUAUCUCAAGACGUCAGUGCAGUUCUGUGUCUGCGAUGACAGAUGUCAUAGGAAGAAUAGAAGAAAAGAGGCAACAAGCUUUGUUAGGAGGCGGAAAACAUAGAAUAGAGGCCCAACAUAAAAGAGGGAAAUUGACUGCACGAGAGAGGGUGAAUUUGCUGUUAGAUCCUGGCUCUUUCAUCGAGUAUGAUAUGUUUGCAGAGCAUAGGUGCUCUGAUUUUGGAAUGGACUCUGAUGACAAAAAGUUUCCAGGCGAUGGUGUAGUUACAGGGCAUGGUCUCAUUAAUGGAAGAAUCACCUACAUCUUCAGUCAGGAUUUUACUGUCCAUGGUGGGUCCCUUUCCAGCGCCCAUGCCCAGAAGAUCUGCAAGGUCAUGGACCAAGCCAUGCAGGUGGGGGCUCCGGUCAUCGGUCUCAACGACUCGGGCGGGGCUCGCAUCCAGGAAGGGGUAGAGUCUCUGGCUGGUUAUGCUGACAUAUUCCAGAGGAAUGUGAUGGCCUCCGGCGUUGUACCUCAGAUAUCCCUCAUCAUGGGCCCAUGUGCAGGUGGUGCUGUUUACUCUCCUGCUUUAACUGAUUUUACAUUCAUGGUAAAGGACACAUCAUAUUUAUUCAUUACCGGACCUGAUGUGGUAAAGGAAGUGACGCAAGAAGAAGUCACCUAUGAGCAGCUAGGAGGAGCCAAAACACACACAGCAGUUUCAGGUGUAGCACAUGGUGCCUUCGAGAACGACAUAGAUGCGUUGUCUAGAAUGAGACAACUCUUCAGCUACCUACCAUUAAGCAACAGAGACAGUGCUCCUAUUAUAGAAUGUGAAGAUCCAAGGGAUCGUCUUGUACCAAUCUUAGAUAACCUAGUACCUCUAGAAUCCAACAAGCCAUACAGUAUGAAAGAUGUCAUCUUUGCAACGGUUGACAACAGACAGUUCUUUGAGAUCAUGCCAGCCUAUGCAAAGAACAUCAUAGUCGGCUUUGCCAGGAUGAAUGGACGCACAGUGGGCAUUGUGGGUAAUGAACCCAAGGUCGCAUCAGGUUGCCUUGAUAUCAAUUCUUCAGUAAAAGGAGCCCGAUUUGUGAGGUUCUGCGAUGCCUUCAAUAUUCCACUGAUCACAUUUGUUGAUGUUCCAGGAUUUUUACCCGGUACAAGUCAGGAAUAUGGUGGUAUUAUCAGACAUGGUGCCAAGCUCCUCUAUGCCUACGCUGAAGCAACUGUACCAAAGAUCACUGUUAUCACUAGGAAGGCGUAUGGUGGUGCUUAUGAUGUGAUGAGUUCCAAACAUUUACGAGGAGACAUCAACUACGCCUGGCCCACUGCUGAAGUAGCAGUUAUGGGAGCAGCUGGUGCAGUAAAGAUCAUCUUCCGAGAUGGCCAAGAGGCAGCCGAGAGAGAGCGGGAGUAUAUCGAUAAGUUUGCUAAUCCUUUCCCUGCUGCCACUAGAGGAUUUGUUGAUGACAUCAUUCCUCCAAAUGUGACCCGGAAGCGAAUUUGCCGUGACCUUGACCUGUUAGCAGGUAAACAGCAGAGCAAUCCACCCAAGAAACAUGCCAAUAUGCCCCUCUGAUCAUUAGAAGCUUCUAUUAACGACAAAUCAUUUGGCAGAUGGGGAAAUCAAUCAAUGGAACUGAAAUAUAUUGGCAAGUCCAGGAUAUGUGGUCAUUUGGUGAGAUGUUGGUAACCAUGCCAUUUGAAGCUUGGGGGAGUGUUUCAUCAAAAUUUGUUGUACUCCAUUUUGAUUGGCUGAGAAGCACAGGGGAUAUCUGACUGUUGCUAUGGUAACAAUCUGAUAAAACAGGAGCACUUCAUCAACUUUUUCAUCUGACAAGUUGUCAAGAAAACUUUCCCUGAUUUUGAUUGGCUGAAAAGCUCUGUUGCUAUAGAAACUGUCAGAUGCAAGGGGACAUUGUCAGAUAAAGUGUUAAACAUUACCAGCUACUACAAUUUCAGUGAAAUCCUUGGUUUUGGAUAGCUGAGGAGCACUGGCCUCUGACUGUUACUAUGGCAACUGUUGGAUAAUGACAAAUCGUCAUUUACUGACAACUUUCAUGAAACAUUUCCCAGGUUUCUAACUGCUGCUAUGGUAACAAUCUGAUAAAAUAGAAAACAUAAAACAUUCAAGAAUUUCUUUCAUGAUACUCUCCUCUGGGCAUCUUUUCAUUAAGGUCAGCACUGAUAAAAUUAUCAGCUCCUACAAUUUCAGUGAAAUGCUUGGUUUUGAUUGGCCAAGAAGCACUUGCCUCUGACUGUUACUAUGGCAACUAUGGGUUAAUGACAACUUGUCAAUGUUGACAAGCUUCAUGAAACAUUGACCUGAACAUAACAAAUGUCACCUAUGUGUGUAUUCGAUCAAUCCUUGGAGGUUUCAGUUUUGUAGGGCUACAGAUUUUGCUGCAGUUUGUGGAAUAUGAAAAUUAUUUGAAGGGGUUUCAUUCUUUAUUGUAUUAAUUUGUGAAAAGGGAUGGUGUGGGUUGGUAUAAUGAACAAAAUACUAUAUUUAGCAAUAAGAGCAGUAUACUAGACUUGGUAAUUAAUUUUUUAAAAAUGCGUCAUUGUCAACAUUUAUUAAGUCUGCUAUUAUAGAUCCUGUACUGAAUUUUGUCAUUUCAUCUGAUGACGAAAACCCUUAUCUUUUACAAGUUUAACAAAUGAUACUGAAUCAAUGACAUACAAUAUGGAAUACUAAAUUGUGUUUGACUGUACAGUGUAAUAAACUAAAGAUGGCUGAAGUAUAAGUUGUUUUAUACAUUUAUGACAAUGGAAUGCAAACAAUGAUCAUUAAUUACAUGUGACAUGAAAAGUCAUUAUAGAAAUUGUGUAUAAUGGUUACAGAAUAGUUGCACUUACCAUCAUUAAUAAAGUUACAUUUUGAAAGUUCAAAAGCUCAAAUCUACAGUUAAGUGCAUGUAAGUAAAAUUACUGUUGAUUUCAUGUCCAUGUUCAAACUCUCAAUUUUCAAUAAAUAUAUUUUUGGACUUCACUCCGACCAAAAGGCUACAGUGAAGCUGAAGUUAGCAGUACUCCAAGCAUGGAAUGAAAUAAUUUUACUUGUUUGAAUUUUCAUAUUCAAUGCAAAAUAUUAUUUAUUCCAAAUUGCAUCACAGUUGGAUCACAUAAGGCACUUACAGGCAUCCAAAAUAUGUCAUACUGUUUUAUCCCAUGUCUUGCUGGAAUGCUGGUUAAGUUCAUACGUGUGCUUCUAUCAUAUGUAUGUAAAGAAAAUCUUUUAAUAUACAUUUUGAUGGCUCAUAAUAUUUUUUUUAUGUUGGGUAUGUAGGUAUUAUUUCAUUUUCAAAAUUAAGUAUUCUGUUCACUUAAUUAUUUCAGUGUAUGACUGAUAGAUCAAGACAAAAAUGUCAUAUAUAGUGGUAAAUUGGUAUUUGUCAUUUCAUUGUUGACAUUCUGUAUUCCAUUCACUGAUUUAAGUGAAUGACUUGUAGAUUAAGACAAAAUUUCGAAUAUAUAUUGUAUCAAGUUCCAAACUUAUUCAAAGAUUUCUAUGUGGGAAUAAAUUAUUUUAUGACAAAUGUCA